CGAGGGCUUGCUUAGUUAUAAGAUGUCCUUCACCAGAGGGACGUCUUUAAGAAGUUAUUGCAGAUCAGCCGACCGACAGACCUGGACACCAGCAACAAGUCCAUCACCGUAAUGGAACAAGCAAAGCAAACCAAUAGGUUCAGCCCUGGAACAAAGCCCACAGGCUCUGACUGAUACAGCUAAAGAGGGAGAAGGCCAGGAGCCCAUCAUGGAUCUGAUAAAUAACACAGCCAUUCAGACACCAAUCAACUGUACUGUAGACACAAGGUACCGCUUCACCUAUUACCAGAUCUCCUACAGCCUCAUCUUCACAUGCGGUUUGGCCAGCAAUGGCAUGGCACUCUGGUGUUUGUGGCUCACGCCAUGGUCUGUCACCAGCACUAUGGUCUACAUGGCUAACUUGGCCGUCGUGGACCUCUUCUUCAUUCUUUCCCUUCCACUGCGCAUCUAUUAUUACUACAACCGUUCACACAGCAUGGCUUGGUCUCCUGGAAGUGUUUUCUGCCAGCUGACCUUCACCCUCAAAUACAUAAGCAUGUACGGAGGUAUCUUUUUCCUGGCAUGCAUAGGGCUGGACCGCUACUUUGCCGUGACGCGCCCUGUGCUGCGGCGCCCGAAGCAAUUACAUAAUGCCUGCAUGAUCAGCACUACAAUCUGGUUAAUGGUGCUAGCACUUAGCUUGGCACUUCCAUUCAUGCACUCUGCAGACUCAAAAAUUCACAGAGCAUGCCUACUUGACCUAUCCUUGGGGCAAAAUCAAACCUUCAUCUUGGCAGCUCUGGGCCUGGUACUGGUUGCAUUCCUGUUGCCUGCACUCCUUCUGCUGUUCAGCUACUGCCGUGUGUUGCGUGUGCUUGGCAGAAUGCCUUACCGUGGGAAAAGACGCCACCGACGAACACUCUCUCUCAUCUACUGCGUGCUGGGCAUCUUUCUGCUCUGCUUUGCACCAUACCACAUCAACCUUCUGUGUUACACUCUCACACAAGUUGGUGUUGUAUCCAGCUGUGUUUUGGCUAAAUUUGCAGGCUCAUUGCACCCAAUCAUGCUCUCACUGGCCAGCACCAACUGCUGCCUCAACCCACUGGUGUACUACUGCUCCAGCAGCCUGGUGCAAAAAGAUGCUACCAGAGGCCAAAGCAAUCAGGAAACGGAGUCUAGCUUUAGGUCUAGACGGAAACAGCUUAUGGGAAAAAUUUCACCAUGACUCCUUCAUGGACACAAAAGUGUUUCAACAUCACCAGUAGUAGUUGCUAUUAAAGGCAUAUCAACUAAUGCACAUUCAAAAAUGAUACUGACUAAGCAUCAUUUUUAGAUUUGCAUUUUCAACUAUUUUCAGAUUUUCGAAAGCAGAAAAUACAAAUUGAAUAUGUUCAAAUUUUACACCUGUUUCUGUUCUCCUGCAGUAAAAUCUAAGGCUAAACAGCCACUCACAGGAACACUCUCACGGUCUUCUGACAUCAUUUCCUCAUGUUAAAUCAACCAAACAGGUGCCAAUAAGCACCAAUUACUUUUAACAACACAUCAAACACAUUAAAAAUUACAGACAGUUUACCUCCGGUUUUCUUAGCCUGACGUCCGUGCAACAUUUUACGACGGUCAAUAUUCCCUUAAAUG